AUGAACGACUUUGACGAGUGCGGCCCGAGCGCAGCCAGCAUGUACCUGCCGGGCUGCGCCUACUACGUGGCCCCGUCGGACUUCGCCAGCAAGCCGUCGUUCCUCUCGCAGCCGUCCUCCUGCCAGAUGACUUUCCCCUACUCGUCCAACCUGGCGCCGCACGUCCAGCCCGUGCGGGAGGUGGCCUUCCGCGACUACGGCCUGGAGCGCGCCAAGUGGCCGUACCGUGGCGGCGGCGGCGGCGGCGCGGGGGGCGGCGGCGGGGGCGGCCCCGGCGGGGGUGGCGGCGGCUCCGGGGGCUACGCUCCCUACUACGCCGCGGCGGCGGCGGCGGCGGCGGCGGCCGCCGCGGCGGAGGAAGCGGCCAUGCAGCGGGAUCUGCUCCCGCCGGGCGGCCGCCGGCCAGACGUGCUCUUCAAGGCUCCCGAGCCGGUGUGUGGCGCUCCCGGGCCGCCGCACGGUCCCGCGGCCGCCGCCUCCAACUUCUACAGCGCCGUGGGUCGCAACGGCAUCCUGCCCCAGGGCUUUGAUCAGUUCUACGAGGCGGCGCCGGGACCCCCCUUCGCCGGCCCGCAGCCCCAGCCCGCGCCCGCGCCGCCGCAGCCCGAGGGCGCCGCUGACAAGGGCGACCCCAAGGCCGGGGCUGGUGGCGGCGGGGGCAGUCCCUGCGCCAAGGCGACUCCCGGCCCGGAGCCCAAGGGGGCGGCGGAAGGCGGCGGUGGCGAAGUCGAGGGCCCCCCGGGGGAGGCGGGGGCCGAGAAGAGCGGAGGCACAGUGGCCCCCCAGAGGUCCCGGAAAAAGCGCUGCCCCUACACCAAGUACCAGAUCCGCGAACUGGAACGCGAGUUUUUCUUUAAUGUAUACAUAAACAAAGAGAAAAGACUCCAACUCUCUCGGAUGCUCAACCUCACUGACCGGCAAGUCAAAAUCUGGUUCCAGAAUCGCAGGAUGAAAGAAAAGAAACUGAACAGAGACCGUCUGCAGUAUUUCACUGGAAACCCCUUAUUUUGA